AUGGCAGAGGAUUUCCAGAUGGGAAAUGGCAACUGGUGGGAAUCAUCAAGAAACGACUUCGACGGCGAAAUAACACCUGCAACCUCCACCGGAGCAAACAACACUGGCCGUGCUUUAGCCAACCAAAUGCUCGGCUUAGGCCUUUCUUCCGAAACCACGGAUUGGAACCAAGCUUUGCUGCCAGGUGAAAAAAACAAGUCCAGCUUCCGGUCCAUGCUCGAAGAGGACACGAUGAGCACGAGCGAUUUCCACCGGGGCGAUUUUUCGUUCGGCCAAACCCAUUUCAUGAGUCGAGUGGGUCCCACCGACGACGUCGGCGCCGUAACCAGCUCCCAGAAUCUUUCGACGGGCUUCAUGAGCUUGUUAAUGUCCGAAAAGUUCCACCAGCCGAGCGAAAACCAAAACCACCCCAUGAUGAAUAACUAUACCUAUCCCAUAACAUCCACUACUGGCUACGGUGUGGCCGACAGCAGCCAAUUGCAGCUCACCAACCUCAACACCCCUAUAUGGAGUGCUCCCGCGCCCGAGCCACCAGCUGUCAGGCCCGGUGGUCAGUCGAGCUUUUUUCCAAUCGACCAGUUUGGUUCGAGCCUAAUGAGGAAGGACCAAAACGCGUCGAACAAAAGGUCGAGGAGCGAAACGCCUUCAUCGUUACCGGCUUUUAAAGUGAGGAAAGAAAAGAUGGGAGACAGAAUAACUGCACUUCAGCAAUUGGUCUCUCCUUUUGGAAAGACGGAUACGGCUUCUGUGCUUACCGAAACUAUCGAAUACAUAAAAUUUCUCCACGAACAAAUCGGUGCCUUAAGUAGUCCUUACACCAAAAGUGGAGCUCCCAUACAGCACCAACAGCAGGGUUCAAGUAAGAACAAACUCGAUCCGGAGGGACCUCGUGAAGAUCUUAGAAGUCGCGGGCUGUGCCUAGUUCCGGUUUCGAGCACUUUCCCAGUGACUAAUGAAACAACAGUUGAUUUCUGGGCUCCUACAUUUGGAGGAAGUUUCAAAUGA